AUGAUGCUUUCGAAAAUGGAAGAUAAUAAGAUCGAAAAAUUAAAGACUGAAGAAAAUAAAAAAUUAUAUAUUUUACAUAAAAAUUAUAGAGAAGGGUUAUUUGAAAAUAAGUUGAGGUUUGAAACUGAAUUAGAAUUUGUUCAAUCAUUAAGUAAUAUAGAAUAUAUAAAGUAUUUGUAUGAUAAUAAAUAUUUUAAUGAUAAAAAAUUUUUGAAUUAUUUAAAAUAUUUGAAUUACUGGAGAAGUAAACCAUAUAUUUUUUACAUUAAAUUCCCUAUAUGUUUAUAUGUUUUAGAAAUACUAAAUGACAAAAACGUAGAUGAGUAUUUUAGCGCCUCAAAUUCGUUUAAUACUUUUAUAUAUUACUUAAAAUUACACUGGCUAUACUUCAAUUAUCAAACAUAG